GUUGACUGCGCGCAGAAACCGGACGUGACGCGAUAGUGGCGGAUGUUGCGUUGAUCAAUUUUCCCGCGUUUUGGGUAGUUGAGGAAAUAGUGGAGAGUUGCGGACACAAACAAGCGAUUUCAGGUUCUGACAUCUAACCACUAACCACAACAUCAACAACCCGCCGCUCGUGAUCGCUCGCUGUGUUGUGAGUGAACGCGCUCUUCAUCGCGACACCGUCGACAUGCCGCCGAAGAAGCGCAGCAGUGGGACCCCGCAGAAGAAAGAGCUCAAGGGGAACACGAAGAGCGGAUCUCCGGACAGCAGCGAGAACACAGUGCUGAGCCCCGAACGACACAAGGACAAGGAGCCUGAGUUUGUGUCUCUCAGUGAGGAGCUUCAGACCACCAAUCCCAUCUGUGAUCAUGCGUGGAGAAUUUGGGAGAGGGAGAUCAGGUCGAUGGAUAAGGCAAAUAUGCCAUAUUCAAACAGACAGCAGUGGGGAGCUUGUCUGUUCAUUGCAGGCAUGGAGCUUGAUGGCCUCAGCCUCACCUUCACACAGUUCCUGAAAGUAGUUGGACUGAGUGUGAAGCAGUUCAUCAGUCUUGUGAGGAAGAUGGAUGUAAAUGUGGACACAAUAAGCCCUACAGUGAACACUGCUUUGAAACGACUGGAGAACAAAUACAAUGUGACACUGGCUCUCUACCAAAGAUUUGUGAAGACUUGUGAAAAAAUUUCUGCAGAGCCUGACAAAUCAAAGAGAACAGAGCUUUGGGAAAGCAGUUGGACCAUGUUCCUCUUGGCCAAGGGAACAUUUCUGCAGAUGGAGGAUGACCUUGUGAUAGCCUUCCAAUUGCUGCUGUGUGUUCUGGAGUUCUUCACCAAGCGUUUCACUCCGUCUCUGCUUCAGUCACCCUAUAAGUCAGCAGUUAGUUCAUCUACCUUGAGUCCUCCAACUAGGACAUCCCGACGUAAUCAGGGAAAAGCCAAAACCCGUCCUCCAGAGAUGGACGUGCAGUUGCUGGAAACACUGUGCAAGGAGAGCGACUGCAGUGUGGAUGAGGUGAAAAACGUGUACCAGACCACUUUUUGUGCGUUCCUGGACUCUGUGGGUCUGUCAGGACUCCAAGGGCUUCCUCCUCUGGAAACACUUUCCAAGCAAUAUGAAGAGCUGUACCACAAAAACAAGGACUUCGAUGCCAGGUUGUUCUUGGUUGAUGAUGAGACACUUUCCUCCAGCAAAACAGAAGUGUCAAAGGUGGAAAUGACUCCAAGAAAGAAUCUGUCUGGAGAUGAUGUUGCAAUUCCAGUUCCACAGACCCCAAUCAGAGCUGCAAUGAACUCUAUACAGCAGCUCAGGGUUGAUCUCAACUCAGCUAGUGACCAGCCCUCAAGCAAUCUCCUAGUCUAUUACAAGAACUGCACUGUUGACCCAUCUGAAGAGAUCAGAAAGAGGGUUGAAGAGCUGCGUCAGGUCUUUAUCAAGAGGUUUGCACAGGCUGUGGGCCAGCACUGUGAGGGGCUGGGCAGAAAGCGGUUUAAUCUUGGUGCCCAGCUCUACUACAAAGUGAUGGAGUCCAUGCUUAAAUCGGAGGAGAAGAGAUUAUCUGUCCAAAACUUCAGUAAACUUCUCAACAAUGCAGCAUUCCAUACCUCAUUGCUUGCAUGUGCCCUGGAAGUUGUAAUGGCAACCUAUGUCGGGAACUCCUUAAAGAGUGGAGGUUUUGGCUGCAGCUCAGGGGCCAGCGAUUCUGUGGAAACUGAUCUGUGCUUCCCCUGGAUCUUGGACGUCUUCCAGUUGCCUGCUUUCGAAUUCUACAAGGUGAUAGAGAGCUUCAUUAAAGCCGAGCCCACCCUGAAACACGACAUGAUGAAGCACCUGGAGCAGUGCGAACAGGUUAUCAUGGAGAGUCUCGCUUGGAAAGCGGACUCUCCGCUCUUUGACCUCCUCAAACAAUCUCGUGAGGAAGGACCUGGUGAACAAGCAGAGCCCCCUGCGACACUAAACCAACCCCUGCAUCACAACCACACUGCUGCUGAUCUGUACCUGUCUCCUGUGCGGCCGAGCCGUCAACCUCCAGCAACAGAGGCCGAGCCCCCCACACCAGGCACCAAAGCACUCCGUUCAAACUCUCUGAGCCUCUUCUACAAAAAAUUGUACCGGAUGGCCUACCUGCAACUGAAAACAUUGUUCUCACACCUGCUGACCUCACACCCAGAACUGGAGCCGAUAAUAUGGACCUUGCUUCAGCACACUCUCCAGAACGAGUUCGAAUUAAUGCGAGACAGACACUUGGACCAGUUGAUUAUGUCGGCUAUGUAUGCCAUAUGCAAGGUGAAGAACGUGGACUUGCGCUUCAAAACGAUUGUGACCGCUUACAAAGAAAUGCCUAAUGCUAAUCAAGAGACAUUUAAGCGUGUGCUUAUCAGAGAGGGGCAGUACGACUCCAUCAUUGUCUUCUACAACCUGGUCUUCAUGCAAAAGCUGAAGACUAACAUUCUUCAGUAUUCCUCUCCUCGGCCUCCUCCUCUGUCUCCCAUUCCCCGCAUCCCCUGCAGCCCCUAUAAAAACUCUCCUCUGCGGGUGCCUGGCAGCAAUAACGUCUACGUCUCCCCUUUGAAAAGCAGCCGUAUGUCCCCAAUGGUCAUGACCCCACGGAGCAGAAUUCUUAUAUCUAUUGGCGAAUCCUUUGGGUCUGCAGACAAAUUUCAGAAGAUUAAUGAGAUGGUGAGCAGCACCGAUUGGUCCCUCAAGAGGAGUCUGGAUGGAGGCUCUGCCCCCAAGCCCCUGAAGAGGUUACGCUUUGACAUGGAUGGACAAGAUGAAGCUGAUGGAAGCAAAUCGAGUGGCGAGUCAACACUGAUCCAGAAGCUGGCUGAGAUGAGCUCGACACGUACUCGUAUGCAGGAACAGAAACUGAAGGAGGAGUCUGUUAAAGAGCAUCCAGAGCCCUAAAUAAAUCCACUUUUUAAUGCCUGAGGAAAACCACUCCACCAUUGAAAGGGAAACGCUGACAUGCCUGAGUGUUAUAUGUUGCUACAUUUUGGACAACUCCACCUGUUUUAAUAUUUAAGUGGUGCACUGCAUUUCCUGAAAUGGCACAGAUGCUUUUCCUGUGUUAUUUAAUUUUAGUUUGUUUUAAGUGUGUGAGGGUCCAUGAAGGAGGAUUUAUUCUUUUAGUAGUUUAUGUUGAGGAAAUAACGUGACGCAUACCUCUUAAAGGGACAGUUCACCCAAAAAUGAAAAUUCUGUCAUUUACUCACCCUCAAGCUGUUCCAACAACUUGAGGGUGAGUAAAUGAUGACAGAAUUUUCUUUUUUGGGUGAACUAUCCCUUAUUUGAUCUACAAACACAUAAAAUCUGGCGGGUUUAGUGUGUCAUGAUAAUUUAUUGUUUUUUUCUUUUUUCCAUUUGUUUUAAAGCUGCCUACUUUUUCCUCAUUGCUGUACAGGAAAUUGAGAUUUACACAGGUUGUAAGAUCAAAUUUUACCACAGUGUUUCCUUUAAUCAUGUAUUGAACCCUGCUGGUGGCUUUUCUCAUUUCUUUGAGGACCCCCUGUUUUGCGUGAUAGAAGUAAAUGGAAUUAAAUUUUGAAGCUGUAUUAUAAAUUUGUUGCCGUUUAAGCAUUACUGGGUUUUUAGGAUGUGAUUUGUUGUGGAAGUGCAUGUGUUUGUCAACACAGGCGGUCAUCUGUCUGACCUUUUUAUGUUCUUCCUGAACCGCAUUGUUGUUUUUGCUGUUGGAUUUUAAGACCGUUUUAGAGCUUUUGUUACUAAUAUUCAAAAAAUUAUGUUAUACCUCAAAUGUUCUUUUUUGAAAAAUUAUGUA